ACAUUCGCGCAUGCGCAUCCAGUUACUUGUACUAAAUGGAGGCUGUUUGAAAUGUCGUCUGGAAACUGUAAAGUUACUGUGACUAUUUAAAACCAUGCGGUGGUAUUGCAUUUAAUAUUUACCAGCCAGUUACGUUUGCAGAGAGCGGUCACUAUGGACGACAGCAUUGAUGGUGCUGAGGAAGUGGAGACUGAGAGAUCCUCAUCUCCAACUGGAAUACAGUCUCCUAUAAUGGACCGAAACCCAUCACCACCCCCAGACGCAGUUGAUGGAGAAGAGGACGGAGAUUUGGAUGCCAUUGGAGACACCGUUUACAGCAAGCACUGGCUUUUCAGCACCCUGACUCGUCUCAUCCAUAUGGUGACAGAGCAUUCGGAGGUGGACUCUGAAGGUCAGAUGCAGCUCCCUGAUGAUGAUGAAGAAAAUCUAUGUAGAGUCUGGGAUAUGGCAAUGGAUAAGGAUGUGGCUGGUUUCCUGCAGGAAUUUAAAGCUACAGAUAUCCUUCUUGGGGUGAUAGCCAAAUCUCGUUGUCCACGUCUCACAGAAAUCUGUGUGGGAAUCCUCGGGAACAUUGCUUGUUUUCCUGACACUUGUCUGACUCUUAGCCAAAAUGAAGACUUAAGUGCUGUGCUGUUGCUUCUGCUUGGAGAUACAGAUCCUCCGACCCUUCUGGAAACAAGCAGAUUGCUGCUGACCUGCAUCUCUCAGAAAGAUGUCUGUUCCCUGUGGCUUCAGCGAAUACAUCAACAGACGUCUGUGCGCUCCAACCUCCUUUUCAUCAUGUGCAGUUCUACCAACACUGACUUGCUUGAGAAGGUUGGAGAGUUGGUUGACAAACUGUUUGACCUUGAUGAAGAGUUGAUGAAGAGUUGGAUCAUAGUUCAACCAAGUGAGGAGGAAGAGGAUGAGGAGGAGGUGGAUGGCGAAAGCCAUCUGGAUCUGGCCUCAUGUCUUCUUGAGGCAGCCAAGCAGCUUAGAUCAGAGAGUCCAAAUGGCUUAGAGGUUUACCUUCACACCCUCCAACUCCUCACCACCAUAGAUGAGGGCAUUCAGACUUUUGCUGCCCCUGAUGGACCUGGCAAAGCAGUGUGGGACUUUGUCUGUGACGUAGUGUGUGAGGACCUCUGCCAGCCAACUGAUCUUCCAGUUGUCCUGCAAGAGCAGAAGACCAUUUUGGUUCAGGCGUUUGCUGUCCUGCAGGCUCUUUAUAGAUGCCAGGAUCAGUGGCGCCACAGAAGUGACACAAGUCUUCCCCUUAUCGGAACCAUUUUGCGGGUGCUUCAGUACCACAGUGAGGGCAAAGAUGGCGAUACCAGCAAAGAAGACACAAAAGAUGAACAGCUCCAGACUCUAGCAGAGAUCACAGCUGAGUUUCUAGCUGACAUCUGCGUUCAGAUUUCCAAAGACACCUUGGCAGAUUUGGUGAAGAAAGGUUACCUUACAGAGAGGACUGCUCUCACAGCUGCGGGCAGUUUAGUUCUAAACUUUAAGACUUCAUUUCAGCACCUGUACUCCAUGCUGUCAGAGACUGAUCCCCAAAUGGCAGACAUCGUGAGGAAACAGUUUCCUGUCUGAGGUGCCCAGCAGAUCAAUGUUCAGCACUCAUCCAGACUCUCACCACUGCUUUUUAUAGCAGCCUCUAUUUCCUCUCUAAAGAUCCUGCUUCAACUCACACUAUUUAGAUUUCCAUUGGAAAGACUAAACAAGGAUGUCACACCACCACAAGUGUGAAAAAAGACUUAUAUUGUUUUUGUUUUUCUUUCAUAUUUUGAGCCACACUUGCCGAAAUUCAAUUGUGAUUCUGUUUAAAGUUUUUGUUUUGUGAAUUAUAUUUUUGUAUUAAAUGUCUUUUCAUAUCUUU